AUGAACGAACUGCUGCCACGCCAUGGCAGUACACACUUCGCAAAUAUUCCGUAUGGUUACUAUGCUCUUUUGGUAAGUUUUGGAUUCGUUUUGCUCACAAUUGCGGGCAGGUUCGUUGUUGGCAGUCGACUCAACUCCAACAGCCAUUUUGGAGGCGUGCUAGGUCGCAAAUGGUAUAAUGCGUCGCCCGCGCUGGGACUACUGGUACUGUACAUGGCACUGCUCAUCCCAUUUGUCAAACAUUACAGUAUUUCAGAUCACGUGACACUCUAUUUGAAGCGUUUGGGUAGACUUAGCUACGUGCUUGCCACAUUGAACCUGUUCCUUACUCUUCGACCCAAUCUGCUACUCCCUAGGUUCGUUUAUUUGGAUCUUAUCCCGCUUCAUAAAUGGAUUUCAAGGUCGAUUUUCCUCUUGGCGUUGUUGCAUGGUGUUGGCUUUUUAGCAUGGUGGGCCACCACACCUGAAUCUUCCGUCAUAGACAAGGUUUUUCAUAACGUUUGGAAUUUUCUAGGUGUGGUUGUACUGGUACUUUUGACCCUUUUGGUGCUGGUGUCAGUGAGAGUCAUGCGUAAGAUAAGUUACCGCACUUUUUACUUUACCCAUUCCAUUGCGUCGUGGACAUUCAUUUUUGUUACAGGACUACAUGCACGGCCCGGUGUCGCUCUUCCCUACAUUUUGAUAAAUUCAGGGCUGCUUGCACUUCACGUCAUUUCCAAAACCGCUUUUGCCCGACCAGUUGAGCUUCUUCUCUCAAACCACGAGGACAACGAAGGGUUAUCCAGGCUGGUUCAAAUAACUCUUCCUCGCAAAGCUAUGCCAGAGUCCUUCUCACCUGGAUCUCAUCUACGCAUUUCCCCAUAUGGACGCUUAAAUCCGUUAUACUAUCUUCUGCCGUCGCAUCCCUACACUGUUUCUUCCCUUCCUAGCGACCCCAACGUAAGUCUCAUAAUAAGAGAGCAUCCAAAGGGUUUCCGCUUGCAGACAGGUCUUAGAUACACCAUCCAAAAUCAUUAUUCUUCCUUGUCUCAAAAGUGCCUUGAUAGCGCGGAGCGGGUCGCCUUGGUGUGUGGUGGUAGCGGUAUCUCAUACGGACUCCCGAUAUUCCAGUUUCUCGCAUCCAUUGAGAAAAAAGAUCAGAUAAAACAUUUGAAGCUUAUAUGGCUUGUAAGAGAGAAAGAUGACCUUUCUGUGUUGAAAAACUUGAAGCACUUACCUGGAGACACAGCUGAGUUCCACGUUUUUAUCACAGGAUCGACUCCCAAGGAUGAUACAGACAAUUACCGGUCUAGUUCCAAUGUGGUCCAACCGGGUCCGGUGCUUGGUCAUGAGGAUCUCGAGUUCGAAUUGGAAAGUCUCGGCGAUGAGGUCGAGCAAAAUGGGGCCCUAAAGCAGUCGAGCGGGAUCGAUUUAGUUUUGACUGGCGUCGCUACUAACGUUUACCUUGGCAAAAGAUUAGACUGGGCUGCCGACUUGGCUCAAUUGGUCGAGGAGGAUUCGUUGGAGACCACCUGGCUCGUCACUUGCGGACCCAAGGGACUUAACGACGCAGGAAGAGAGUUUGCAUACCAGAAUAAAAUCAAUUUAGCUUCUGAGACCUACGCAUUGUGA